CGGCGGCGGCGGCGGGAUGGGGAAGCAGAAGAAGGCGCGGAAGUACGCGGUGAUGAAGCGCAUGAUCAGCCUCCGCGACGAGCGCAUCAACGCGAAGGACCGCGCGAAAGCCCCGGUGAAGAAGAAGGAGGAUCCCAGCGCCAUCAAGGAGCGGGAGGUCCCCCAGCAUCCCUCGUGUUUGUUCUUUCAAUAUAAUACACAGUUGGGCCCUCCUUAUUACAUCCUGGUUGAUACUAACUUCAUCAACUUCUCCAUCAAAGCCAAGCUGGACCUAGUGCAGUCAAUGAUGGACUGCCUCUAUGCCAAGUGUAUUCCAUGUAUCACAGAUUGUGUAAUGGCUGAAAUUGAGAAGUUAGGACAGAGGUAUCGUGUGGCAUUAAGAAUUGCCAAGGACCCUCGAUUUGAACGCCUGCCAUGUACACACAAAGGGACCUAUGCAGACGACUGCUUGGUACAGAGGGUCACUCAGCACAAAUGUUACAUAGUGGCCACAGUGGACAAAGAGCUCAAGCGCAGAAUACGAAAAAUUCCAGGAGUGCCUAUAAUGUAUAUUUCCCGGCACAGAUACAAUAUUGAGAGGAUGCCAGAUGAUUAUGGAGCUCCUCGAUUCUAGCCUGUCCAGGCAAGCCAUCAGUGCCAGUAUAAGGGUCCUUCUGUUUCCAACUUUCCUGCCAUCUUUUUCGCUUGGGCCCUGCUCCUAGGACUAUGGGUGACAUUGGACUGACUUCAUAGCCUUGAUCUUCAAAGAAAAAGCCACAUAGAAGCCUCUACUUUUAUUCAUCAGUUUCCUGACCAUUCUGAGAAGGAUUUAGGAGAAGGAUAUGAGAAAAGGGGGGCUGCAGGGCAAAGGGUGUGCUCAAAUCCCUCUUCAUGUUCAUGUUGGGAUCAUUGGGAAAAGUCCUCUCAGUGUCUUGAAUUAAAUAUUGGAAAUGGUCCAACUACAGCUGAGCAUGGAAUCACAAGUUCUGACGUUUAUUAUCUCUACACCUGCAGCAGGACAGCUAUUCCUCAAGCAAAUUCCCUCAUGUCUGCCCCACAGGCAAACUGCAAUCUGUGUUCUGGGGAAAAACAGUCAAGGCUGCACCAAUUGGCAUCCCUCCUCCAGACCACUGGACUGAAAGAUUUUAUUUAGAAUUGAAGGUCUCUUAUUCAACUGUACCUCAAUACAGUGAGUGAAAUUGGAUUAGCGUCCUGCUCAGAUUCUUGAAACUCAGUACAUCACUGUGCAUCUAUCAGGUUUCCUGUUGCUUUUAUAGGUUCUUAAUACAUCCUUAAUAUGUUUUUGUACCUUAAAUACAA